AUCUCCAAGCAGCAUUACGUUUCCAGAAGGACCCGCCAGCCCACCUAGAGCUGGAACUGGAAGAAAGAGAUGGCAGAGAGAUCCUGCUGUGUGAAAGAAAUCGGGGUUGACUUCAAAUAUCCUUCAAUGUCUGCAGAGCCUGAGUGAGCUUCCAGAAGCAUCUCUGAACAGCCUCUUGAUGGGUUAAAGUGUGGAGAUGUGUCCUGUGAAGAAUGCCUCAGGAAAUCUUUCUGGGUACUUGUACGUGCAUCCUGCAUCCACCAUCUACUCUCUUUCUCACUUGUCCUUGAGAAUAUUCCAGGUGAAUUGGACUCUUGCAUGUUUUUCUGAUCAUGGUGGAAAGAAGUCUCUACCUCCCCCUGCAAUACUGAGUUGGAAUGUUUAAAACAGCAGUAUGAAUGCAACUUGGUUAAGCUGUGGCGUCUUUCCUGCAGGCCACCAGCUGCCUGUUUGCUUCCUCCAGUUUCCCACCAGGAGGCUUGCAGAUUCGUGGAGAAGCCCUGCCAAAAGCCAUCUGGCACAGAGUGCAGAGACUCCUCCUUCAACUGGCUUUUGUUCAAGUCUUCCUGCAGUACCUCCACCAGGAUAUCGAGCUUCUGCUCCAGAACAGCAGCCGCAACCUCGCCCCUAUCAAGGUGUCCGUGUCAAAGAGCCAGUGAAGGAGCUUUUGAAGAGGAAACGGGGAAAUGUUCAUAAUGCCAGUGCAACGGCAGCUACAACGGUUGUUUUGCCCCACCAGCCUCUUCCUUCGUAUUCACCAAUGGGCCAGCCUUGCGUUGAUAUGGAUGUUGCUGCCUCUGCAUUGCCUGUCACAGAUGAAGGACCACUCUGUUCUGGCUGGAUCUCUCAGCCCUCUCCCUCAUCCUUACAGCCUUUAACUCAGUGGACCACUUACCCUGAUUAUGUGCCCCACGAAGCAGUCGGCUGUCCGUACACAGCAGAUAUGUAUGUUCAGCCUAUGUGUCCCAGUUACACACUGGUUGGGCCUUCAUCAGUUCUGACUUAUGCUUCUCAACCAUUGAUCACCAAUUUUGCACCCCGAAGUACCACCCCCGCUGUAGUGCCUCAGCUUGAGGUGACGGAUCAGCAGCCGCCUCUCACAUACUUCCCAUGGGCACAGCCCCUCUCUGCGCUGCCAGCCUCCACUUUGCAGUACCAGCCAGCUUCUUCCACGCUUUCUGGGCCGCAGUUUGUGCCCUUGCCCAUCUCCAUUCCUGAACCAGCCCCGCAGGAGCUGGAGGAUGCCAGACGAGUCAUCGGCACACUGCCCAUUGAGAAGCUACUUCUAGAAGACGAAGACAAUGAUACGUAUGUUUUAAACCAUGCUCUCUCUGUUGAAGGGCUUUAA